AUGAAUAUUCAACAACAAUCAAACCAAGGCCAGCCAAUCCAACCAAUUCAAAUUUCCAAUCAUCAUCUUUCUCAACAACAAACUAUCAAUCAAAAUAUAUCUCAGCCAAAUCUUUCUCAACAACAGCAACUUCAGCCAGUUCAACAUUACUCUCAACACGCUCACCAACCAAUUCAGACUUUACCACAGCAAUUGUUUUAUAACUCAUUCACAUCAUCACCUACAAUUUAUGAUAACCUAAAUUUAAAUAUUACUUCGUCUAAUAUUCAUCACGGUAUCAAUGGUAAUGAUCCUUUAAUUUCAAGAAUUUCUGAUCGUUUGUUGAUGAUUAAAGAUUCUAUUAUGACAAUGAAUCAACAAUAUGCUGAAUUGGAACAAGAUUUCAUUAGAUUAAGACGUAGAUAUGAUCAAUAA